AUGGAGGAAUAUAUACCAUUGAUUAAAACUAAAAAGAGGGACGACACACAUUCGGUCUAUAUAUCCAACCUUCCUAAUGACGUUACCAAGUUUGAUAUACGUGAACUGGUUACUAGCAAUGAUUUGACCCCCCUACAUUGCAUUGUAGCUACUAAUCGCAAGACGCAAUCCAAAUAUGGAUUUGCCAUUUUUUCCACUCCAGAUGAGGCAAAUCAGUGCGUAUCAAUACUACAAAAAACUAGUUACUGUGGGAAAUUGUUGAAUGUGGAAUUGUCCAAGCCAAAAUAUUAUAAAUGGAGUAAAUCGAAAAAAAGCGAUGGUUCAGUGGGAUUUGUUAAAAAUUCAUUCAUAAUAAAGGGUUACCCAAGCCAAACUACUGAAGAACAGGUAAGGGGAUCAGUCACAUCCAUUUUAAAUGGAGUGCCAUUCACUCUAGUUCGGGUCGGUGAUAAGUGGAGAUUCGUAUUUGAAAAUCUGUCGACAUGUCUAAGCGCUGCCACUAAACUUUCUAGUGUAAGAGUCAAAGUCCCCAAUGGUGGGACAGUAAUUAUACACUCUGUGUUACCAAAAAUUGCAAUAAAUAAUAAAUCAGCUAAAGUAGGGCGAAUUUUUGUUAAAAACUUGCCAUUCAAUAUCACCAGUGAUGAAUUGGCUUCCAAAUUUACCAAGAUAGACCCCAAUUGUACUGUGCAUUUCACUCAUAACGAAAAUACUUGUGUCAAAGGAUUCGCAUUUGUCCAAUUUACCAAGAUCAAAUUGGCUCUUAAGGCCUUAAAACUGAAUGGCACUACAAUCAAAGGCAGGAAGGUUGAAAUCCAUUUGGCAGUCUCCAAGGAAUAUUUCACUAGUGAUUCUGAUAAAAAUAAUGCUAAUAAUCUAAGUGAUGAGUGUGGUGAUGAUAUUAUGGAUAUUGAUGACUCUUCUGACAUAGAAAAGCAUGGUGUUGAUAAGUUUGUUACUGAUUCUGUUGCUUGUAACAAUGACACCAAUGAUUAUAGUUACCAUGUUAAAGAUGCAGAGAUGGAAGACUUGGAAGAUCUGCCCAAGCAAAACAAUAAGAAUAUAGUUAAUGUGAUAAAAUCUGCUAAGUAUGGUGAUGCCAUAUCCAAAAACAAAAUUACAAAAGUUACUCUUAAGCAAUUAAAGAUGAGGAGUGCAGAAAUCACAAAUGGCAAGCCUAGCAGUAGUACAAUUAAUAGUGAUGUUAAUGAGGGUAAAACGGCAUUUGUGCAAAAUGUACCAUUUGAAGCCACCCAGGAACAAUUAGAAAGUAUAUUUCGAGUGUAUGGUGAGCUGGAAUAUGCAAAAUUGGUCAAAGAUCCUGCAGGUAGAAAUAAGGGUACUGCUUUUGUCAAAUUCAUGACUAAAGAGUCACUUGACAAUUUAUUAAGUUCCGAAGCCAAUACUAAAUUUGAGAUUGGUGAAUAUUUGAUAGGAGAUAGAUUGGAUUCUGGCGAGAGGAGUGCUGAAAAUCUUGGAAUUGCAUUGUUAGGUCGCAAACUAAGAAUUGUCCGAGCUGUUACCAGGGAUGAGGCAAAGGAGCUAGAGAGUACAAAUGUUAAAGUGGAUAGAAGGAGACUUUAUCUACUUAAAGAGAGCUUGAAAGGGAUUAGUGAGGAACAGAGGGGGCUGUUAACCAAGGGUAAAAAUAGGGAGAACAGGAUCGAUAACCCCAACACUUUCGUCAGUGACAAACGCAUAUGCAUACGAAACUUACCCAUAUACCUAACAAAACAAGAACUGCGUGACAAGUUGAAGGAGAGUGUUAAAGGCAUUGGUAAGAUUCAAUUGUUGGCCGAUAAAAAAAGGAAAGUUGCCAAUUUGAAUGGGAAGCGAAUCAAACGGGGAAAGAGAUUCGGGUUUGUAGAAUUCAAAACCAGGGGCCAAGCAAAACUGGCGUUAAAAUUCUUAAACAAUACAAACGCUUUUGGGCAAAAACUCGUCGCAGAAUUUUCAUUGGAAGAUAAAAGGGCUUUAAUGGAACGGGAAAGGAAAGCCAAAUUAAUCAAACUAAGGUAG